AUGAGAGGACGUCCAAUAGUUCCUUUUGAAGAGAGCAAUGAGCUAACUAAGCGCAAAAAAACAGAAGACCUGCGAAAAAAUAAAUCUAUUGCAGAGCUAAGUUUCGCCACACAGAUGAGUUUAAGGGUAUCAGGAAAUACAGAGGCUUCCAAAUUAUUAAAAGAUAUAACUUCAACAUCUCCGAAACGGGCGAGCAAAUAUGGAAAAGCCUAUAAAACUUUAAUUGAGAAAGAGCCUCGUAAGAUGUCUGGUGAAGAUGCCCUGGCUUUACUAGUAGACGCUAAGUUGUCUAGGCACCAAUAUAGCUUGAUAAGACAGUCUAAUCCGGAAAGAUUUCCUUCAUAUAAAAUAUUACAAGCUGAGAAAAAAAAAUGUUACCCAAAUAAUAUUAAAGUGAGACCUUUCGGAAACCCAUUGUUGACAAGUAAGAGAAAGGAACCUAAAAAGAAACUGAAAAACAUACCAAAAGAUGCUUUAGAUCUGUUAGUGCCUCCCACAGCCACAGAGUAUCAAUGUAAUGAAGACGAUGACGACGAUGACUCAUUUCUUACUGAUUCUGAUGACAGUUAA